UUGGCAUAUGAUGGCGUGCCUCUUGUCGUCAUCGCCCAUUCGCCCACACGAGCCUACCCAAAGAGCCCAGAGCCCGGGAGGUUACUUCGCUGCCUGAGGAGUCCCCGGCACCGGAGGUCUUGCUACCGGCUGGCGGCUUCUUCUUCCGUUCCUCCCCAAGUCCUCUUCCCGGAGGAAUCAUGAUCGUCUGCGUCGCCGUUGUCGGCCACCAGAACAAUCCGCUGUACCUGCAGAGCUUCACGGAGGCGGACGACGCCCUCAAGCUCCACCACAUCGUCCACUGCUCUCUCGACGUCAUCGACGAGCGAGUGAGCAAUCCUAAGAGGAGUGCACCUACAUUGAAUGAGACAUUUUUGGGUCUUCUAUACCCAACUGAGAACUACAAAGUGUAUGGCUAUUUGACAAACACAAAGGUCAAAUUUAUCAUGGUCACGACUGAUCUUGAUGUCAAAGAUGCAGAUGCCAGAAAUUUUUUCAGGAAGUUCCAUGCUGCAUAUGUAGAUGCCGUCUCGAACCCGUUCCAUGUCCCAGGGAAGAAGAUUGCUUCAAGAAGCUUUGGUGCAAGAGUAAGCACCAUCGUUAAAUCCUUCGGUUCAGGGACCAGUUGAUCGAAUGCUACUUUUGUCAGACUUUCUGUAAUCAAACAUAUGUGUUCUCUCCCUGUUUGACAAAAUUACUCCCUACCGUGUACUUGUCUGGUGAACGAGAUGCUAUUGGUACUGAUUGCUGAACAAAGAAAAAUAGUGGUUUAUUCAUUCAAAAUCCUCCUCAA